CGAACGCCUCUUUCUUGCGACGUCCGCCCGGCGUGUGAAAUUGAGCUUGAGUGUUUGAUUGGAGGUCACUAUUUACGUUGUGUGUAUUCUUUUAAAAGUUGACACCGUGGUGAAGUGACGGGAGGACUGAAAUGGUGUUUUUGACGCUGUCUUGUUGGAUCAGAAGCCGAGGACCCGACAGAUACUGGAAGGUCCAGGAGGUUCUCAAGCAUGCACGGCACUUCAGAGGCAGGAAGAACCGCUGCUACAGCCUGGCUGUGCGGGCUGUCAGGAGGGCUUUCGUCUACGCCACCAAAGCUCGGAAGCUCAAGAAGCGAAACAUGAGGACGCUGUGGAUCACACGGAUUGCAGCAGCAACACGAGAGCACGGCAUGAAGUAUCCCGCCCUCAUGCACAACCUGACUAAGACGAGCGUUCAGCUAAACCGUCAUGUCAUCAGUGAUCUGGCCAUCACAGAGCCUCGGUCAUUCCUCUCACUUGCAAAACUGGCGAGGGCUCGGCAACAAGAAGGCUUCAGGGCAGCGUUGGGUGAUGGCAAGGAGCCUGCCGGCGUCUUCUCUCGUGUCGUUAUGCUGAAGUAAAGGACUUGCAACAUCUAUGGAUAUCUGUUUUGGGGGCUUUAAAGAACAGUGUUCAUUAAACAAUCAACCUGACAGAUGCCUCAUUUUAGGGUUUCAUCAAAAUGUUUCCUGGAUGAUUAGUUUAAAGAAUUGUGCUUGUUUUGGGAAUGCUGGAGAAUCACUCUAUCAGGGAUAGAAAUUAGGCCAUAAUGUUUUACAAGGGUCGUCUGGUUGGGGAAAAACUGAGGAGAUUUACUGGGCGAUCUCCAGAUAAUGAGCUCUGUGACACUGCUAGACCUGUGCCUCUUGCUGGCAUUAUAUCAGAACAAAUCGUCGUAAGGAGUCUCAAGUUAGUAAGUUUUCCACAGGUCUCUCAUAGAAUUGUUUUUGGAGAGAUUUUAAAUGGCUACAAACAAAGUUCAUCAUUUCUGAAGUAAACUCAGUUAAGCCCACUACACUACAGCAGCACAGACGAUUACUUUUGCGGUAUUUGAUUCCUGGACUUUGAGAUUAGUUUCUUUGAUUGUGUUUUCCAUAAGAAAUACAUCUGUAAAAAUAAAAUCUGACUUUCUGUGGUGUUUAUCAAUUCCUCCAUGGAAAUCCUGGCAGCAAGUGUACUUGUAUAAAUUCUUUGUGUGGUUUGAAACUAGUCCUAAAAUGAGCCACAGAUCUUAAACAACAAAGUGAAUGUGUUUCCAAAUCCAGACCUGCUUCAUCCAACAUGUGGUGUUACCUAAAACAUGCCUCCUCCUGAUUGCCUUCAGUAUCCUCACGCAGGAUCUGGUUAUCAUUUCCAUAAGCAUGUUUAUCAUAUGCAAUCUUAAGUUAUGACUUAAUUUUUUUUUUUUUUUUUUUUUAAUGGAAGGAUGAGCUUUUUUUGUGUAAAUAUGUGUUUACCACCUUGUGGGUCGGUUAUCCUCUACAUGUUUAGGUCAUUAAACACUUUUAUAUAUA